UCAAAAACACUUUAUUUAAUCAAGAAAAGAUGAUUUUCACAAUGAGGAUAAAUAAAUUGUUAUGAGAUCUUCAAAGAUUCGAAACUGUUUAAUUAAGGAAAUGUGCUAUGACAUAGUUUAGUUAGUUAUGUUACAAUACACUUCCUUCGUGUAAAGGAUUUUCCUCUUCUUGAAGGUAUUACAUGUUGCUGCUAUCUUGAAUGCCUGGUUAUCGCUCUGCAUCAUGAUUCACCCUUAUCAGGUACAGCAUGCGUUGUAUUACUUUAUUUGUAAUAUAUAACUCAGUUCAUUGAUAUGAACCAGCCAUCCAUCUAUUUAAAAAUUUCGACCAACCAUGUUUACAGAACACACGUUUUUCAGUUUACUUGUAUAAUAUUUUACAUUUCUAGGCAUAUCAAUCAUUUAUUUAUCUGUGUACUUACCUUAGAUAUGAGUUGAUCGAUGUAAGUUGAUUACCUCUGUUGCAAUACCAAUGCAACCUGGAAGAACUGUUUAAGUGCGUAUACAGUUUUACGUCGCGUACACACUUUGAAACAUGCAACAAACUCAAAGGUCAAGCAGUAUGUAACUUGUAAAAACUGCAGUACCGGUAUCAAUUAUCUUUUCAAUACACGGUUGAUCCCAGUCUUUUACAUGUGUAUACGGAUGAUGCUCUUUCGUAUGCCAGAUCUGCUUUAUCUGACGGGGGUCCUGCUAUUAUUUAUGAGCCUCAGAUUAGUUGAAACUAGUUAAGAUACCCGAAGAUAUCAUAAUCCAGAUCCCCCGUCAUUUUCGUGUGUUGGUAUCAAGAUAAGCUGAAACAGGCAGACAAGCAGUUUGUUUGGUAGUUGGUAUGAAAGAUUAUUGACUUCUGAUAUGUAUUGGAUAAAGAGUUUUAUAGUGUUGUUGAUUCUUAUUCAACAAAUAGGUAAGAAGAUAUUUAACUGCUAUAAAGGUUCUGCUUACUUUUUAAAGUCCUUUGAUGCUUGCUUAGCACCAUAUGAAAAUUCAUUGGAUAGGCCUUAGUUCUUUUUUGAAUGUUUUUUUUUCGCUCACCAAAGAGACUCCAUAACCGAAAUGCUUGUUUCAACUUCGAAGAAAUUUUUUUGAAAUAAGUAGUUAGUUUUUGUUUCAUUCAUAAACAUUGCAAAAGUAGCGAAAAUCACCAUAACUAAAACGGAUUUUUACUAUUUUAAGCCAGACGUUUUUUAUGAGCAUCAAUUUAUUUUAUCUGAUACGUCCAUUGCAGUCGUCUUCUAGGCCAGCCAGCUGUUUAGUUUCCUUUAUGAAAAUUUUCAGAAAGAAUCGAAGCUUAUUCCUAUGGCACUCCUUUUUAGGUUGUGAAGAUAAGUAUGUGCAACUUGGAGAUCCUAAAGAUCCCGAUAGUGGUUACGUGAUUGCCUGUUUGCCUAACAAAGAGUGUCGACUCACGAAAGAUGUCAGUGGAGAUCAAAUCUUCGCCGUCGAAGAAACAGCCGUAGGAGAAAAUGAUGUUUUGCCUAUUUUAAGGAACAAUGCAAUAUCUUUGCGUUCAUUAAAAUUUCCGGGUUACUAUAUGGUGGAACGCAUCAUGAAUGAAAGGAAUAUGAUUAUGUACUGUACUGAUCUCAGCGGCUUCAGUCUCAGCAAUGUUUCACAAGCAAAGAGUUCCUCUUUUUAAAUCGAUCAGCUAAUGAUGGCAUGUAUCUUCACUUUCAUGACGCUUUUAAUCAGCAUUGAUCUUGCAAGCAUUCUCAUCAUAACAGACAAUUUUGUUAUCAAGAAACUCACACGAUGGCUUGAGUGAUAUCUCUUUUUAAACAUUCAUUUUCUAUAUGAUUGUGGCGGAUCAUCUUCUCAGUGAACCAUCUUUGACGUAUUAGGUAAACCUACGUUAUUGCGAAUCUGCUCGACUUGUGCGCCGUGCGAUUGAAUUGAAAUCCUUCCGAAAAGCUGAACAAAGAAAAUGAAUGUCACAAUAUGGUUAUCCUCAAUGUCUUGGUCUAUGGAAAAACGUGAUUCAAUUUAGGCUCAACCUGAUGGUAUUUACAGAUUCUCCAGGACAUUUCUUCACUGAAGGUAAGUUUCUGUUCUGUUAUGUAUUUUAAUAACCUUGGGCUGGACGACGUCCCCAGGACUGUUUUUUGAGUGUAUGCUCUUUUCUUUGGUUGAGGAAGUAUCUCUCUAAAGCAUGCAUGGUAGCAGAGCUAGCAGCAAAUGCAGUAGCUGUAAAUUUGUUUGUUUACUUGCUCUAUUAGACUUAAUAAGAAGAGGUGUUUCUCGAUAAUAGCCAAACUGGUCUCCCUAUCACCUGCGAAAUCAUAUUGUUCUUGUUGCCCUGUAAACCAUACAAUAUGUUUACACGGUCGGUUGCUUUACUAUCACGCCCGCGAUGGGAAUGAUCCUGAUUUAUAGCAAAUCAUAUCAUAUUUGUUUUCCAAUUCAAUUUGUAGUGAUAUCCUUGAAAUUAAGCCCCCAGUUGCCUUCGUCUCCCCAAACAAAGUAUUUCGCUCUCUACUUAAAUUUACGAAAAAUACCUAUAGCUUACAUGCCAUUACUUUGGGGAUGCACUGGAUAUCUAGUCUUUGUUUUGUGCUUUUCAUACUGCGAAACGCUGUUUGCGGAGACAAGCUUGUAAAGUUAGUCGAUCCAGACAACCCUACUAGUGGAUCUGCGAUAACAUGCAGGCCUCAGGAUGGUUGCGCUAUCACUAAAAAGCAUGAUGGUGACCAUAUAUUCAAAUUAAAGGAAACUGCCGUAGGAGAAAAUGACGUCUACCCGAUUCUACGAGAUAAUGCAAUCUCAUUUGAAUCUGUAAAAUUCCCAGGCUACUACAUGGUAGAGCGCAUUAAGAAUGGCAAAAAGCUGAUUAUUUUGGAUACUAUCAACUCCAACUCAAAAGCAGAUAGAAAAUCAGCGACAUUUAUUAAACAUUCCAAGGUUUCCACUGACAGUUAUGUGUUCCAAGUCGCUGGUAGAUAUUACAACUUUAUUUGUAAUGUAGCAAAGUCCCAAGGUGGCCAUCUUUACACAGGGAUUGAUGAUGACUCGAAGUCUUUUGCGGACCUAUGCUCCUACGAUAUGAUUGACAUCAAAGACGACGAGGUGAAAGGCCAGCCACAGACGGGGGCUGGCGACAAAGCUAAUGGUAUGCAUCAUAUGUAAAGUCGAAUCUGAAUUGCAAAUGGCACGAAGACAAAGUCAUUUUGCAAAGCAAGUAGUUUUAAAGCUGCAAUAAAAGGGGUAAGAAGCCUUGGCCCCCUAUAUUUUUAGCCUUGGCCCCCUCUCCCCACUUUCAAAUUCGUGGCGCGGGCCCUGAUCUAGCCUCUGUUUCGGAAUUGCGUGUUACAGAUGAUAUGAAUACCGACUUGCUUCUAAUUUCUUCUGCUUCUCUAUGAUUGCUUAACAGUCAAGAAAAUGCAAAUCUUUUUGGCUGAACAUUCUCUUGAAGGAGUGCCAUGCUUUCUUUUGAUAACGUAUUCAAUUCUGUUAACUUAGUGAACUACAUCAGCUGUAAAACUCGAAACAUCACUUUUUCAAUUAUUGUUCUGAAGACUGCUGACAUAAAAUCCUCAAACUGAAAAAGUUCGCAAUAACUACGGAGCACAGCUCUGACGGAAUGCUUAAAUGUGAAGAAACGGAGCAGGCUCCAGCCACAGUGUCCAUUUUCUGUGUAAUAAUUAACCGUUAUACUUUCCUGUUCAUCCGUUGGGCCGCUAACCCGCUCUUCCGCACGUCCGUUAGUCCGCUCAUCUUUAUUAGUUCAU